AAGUGUGAUUAUGUCCGCAAAGUGACCCUGACUUGUCAAAUGAUCCGGCAUGUGUGCCUGCUAUUGUAUUGAACUGUCGAUUGUUUACCUUUCUACAAGCAGAACAACAAAACGAAACAAUGUUGAUGAUUACACAUUUCACGAGAGGCCUGGAGAAGUGGCUGCAGUUGACAACGAUUCAGCAUCGGUGUUUUGCCGCUGCCGGGAGACGGUGUUGGAAAUGCAGUAGCUUAGAAGUUAAGAACACUUUUUUCUGUGCAUCUUGUGGCACAAUACGCGAAACAUCGAAGGACGAAGAUUUCUUCGAGCUGUUGAAGGUCAAGCAAGAGUUCAAGAUAGAUUCCUCGACGUUAGUGCAAAAUUAUCGUCACAUUCAGAGUAUGAUACACCCGGACAAGUUUGCACAAAAAUCCGAACAAGAAAAGACACUCGCAUUGGAAUGGAGCUCGUUAAUUAACAAAGCUUACAGGACACUUUCAAAAUCAAUUGACCGAGGCAAGUACAUGCUUGCGUUGAAAGGAGUUUCCAUUUCGGAAGAAAAUACGUCCGUCGAUAAAGAAUUUCUGCUUGACAUGAUGGACGUCAACGAAUCGGUGGAAGAUGCUCAUAGCGCAGAUGAACUACAGCAACUAGGAUCACAAUUGUCGGUAGACAUCGAAGCGCUCAACUCAAAGCUUAUCCAUCUUUUUGAGACGGAUGAUGUGGAAGGUGCCAAAGAGACGAUCAUUCGUCUAAAGUAUAUGCUAAACGUGGAGAACACCAUAAAAGAAAAGCUACUGCAGCUGAAUCUAAAAUCAUGAAAUCAUUAAAAUUGUGAAUUUCAUAGAAAUUGAUCGCAGCAAGCAUUAGCACGCGCAGGAAGGAUUUUGUGUGGAAAUCAGCGAUUUGGUGAUAUAUUCUGACCCCUGUGCGAAGCGAGCAA